AUGACGAAAGGAACUUGGAAGGAUUAUAUGCAAUUGAUAACCAAAACUAGUACUUUUCAAGUCAUUAAUUCAACACAAAUGGGAAUAGGUUGUCCAUCCUAUUUGUCAAAUCCUGAAGAAAUAGAGCAGUAUUCAAAUGAAUUGCAAAAUCAUCCUAAAGUUAUUGAAAAGUUUGAGAAUGAUCAUGGUAUAAAUUUAACGACGCUGCUUGCCUACAAAAUAGGAAUUGCUAAGUAUUACAAUAUAAAGCCUAAAUCAUCAAUAGAUUUUAUUGAUCAGGAAACAGAAAUAUCGCGCCAGGAUGCAAAGGAGUUAUGUAUAACAUUUCCGAGAAUGGCACCAUGUUUUGACGAUCAGGGUCAAGAUAAUGCGUUGAGAAAUAAGGUUGCCCGAAUUAAAGCUUGUUCUGUUGGGGAUAAUGAAUUUAUCACGUUUGAUCCACCAUCAGUUCAUUCUGGUCUUUUUGGUUAUCAUUUAGUUCCAUUGGAAUGCGAAACCAUCAUCUUGACGGAAAAUGAAUAUGAUGCGAUGACUGUUUACCAAGAAACUCAAAUACCUACCUCAUGUCUUCCUAACAAUGGAUACCAAUUGCCAAUAGAAAUUCUUCCCUUGCUGGAAAGAUUUUCAAAAAUAUAUAUUUGGCUUAAUGAUGACGUUCAAGGUCAAGAUGCAGCAGAAAAAUUUGCUCAAAAAUUGGGAAUUGACAGAUGUCUGAUUGUAAAUACAAGAUGCAAUAAUUUUGAUGGACCAAUCAAUGCAAGCCAAGCUUUAGCCAUGGGAAAGAAUUUAAAUGAAAUUUUAUCACUAGCCAAACCAUUACAACACGAACAAAUUUUAAAUUUUGACAAUCUAAAAGAAGCUGUACACAGAGAAAUUAUUAACCCAGGUCAAGUUCGCGGAAUUUUAUCAAAAGAUUUGCCCGCAUUAACACAAAUUUUAAAAGGACAUCGACCUGGUGAAUUGACAGUUUUUACAGGCCCUACAGGAUCUGGUAAAACUACUAUUUUGAGUCAACUCUCUCUAGAUUAUUGUAAAUCAGGAGUGAGCACAUUAUGGGGAAGUUUCGAAAUAUCUAACGUACGUUUGGCAAAGAAAAUGCUAACACAAUUUGUUGGUGAAGAUUUGUCUAAAAAUCCUGGAGAAUUCAUGAACUGGGCACAAAAAUUUCAGCAGUUGCCAAUGUAUUUUCUCAAAUUUUUUGGUAGCACUGAAGUCUCAACAGUAAUAGAUGCCAUGAAUCACGCUAUAUAUGCUUUCGAUGUUCAACAUAUAAUUAUUGAUAAUUUGCAAUUCAUGAUCUCAGAACAAGGAAGAUUUACAGACAGAUGGGAGUUACAAGAUCGCACAAUUUCUGCUUUCCGUAAAUUCGCUACUGAAAAAAAUGUUCACAUAACAAUGGUGGUACAUCCAAAGAAGGACAAUAGAGAGUUAUUAGAUAUGAGCUCAAUAUUUGGAUCAGCAAAAAUUUCUCAGGAAGCAGAUAAUGUCAUUAUACUUCAAAAGAUAGAGAGUGAAGAUGGUGAUGAGCGAUACUUACACAUCAAGAAAAAUAGGUUUGAUGGCACGUUGGGUGCUAUUCCAAUUGAAUUUAUACCUGAUUCUUUGAAGAUUCAACAAUUAAGAAAGCCAAGAUCUCGAGAAGUGGAUCGUUCUUUUGCAGGCAGAUAUUCGAAAGAUAUGGCAGCAAUGCCAAAAGCUGGCACUUAUGUAAACCUAUCGCCAGAACAAUUUCAGCAUCGUAAAAUAAUAAUGUAA